CGUGCGUCACUUCCCGUGAGUGGUGGUGAGGACGGGGGUUGCGCCCGUUCCGCCGACUGACCGCUUCAACUUCUCGCCGGUCUCACGGGCCGCUUCAGGCGGUGGGGGCGGGGGCAGCUCCGGUCGGCAGCACAGUCGGGCGCGGAGGCUGCGGGUCUGGUGGAGGCGCGAGGCCGGCGGAGGGACGAUGGCCGCGGUCUUCCAGCUCCCUGGAGACAGAGGAACAGGCGAAGCUGCGAUUCCAGAUGGAGCUGGAGUUUGUUCAGUGUCUGGCGAACCCUAACUACCUAAACUUCUUGGCGCAGAGGGGUUACUUCAGAGACCGCACGUUUGUCAACUACUUCAAAUACCUCCUGUACUGGAAGGAGCCCGAGUACGCCAGGUACCUGAAGUACCCCCAGUGUCUCCACAUGUUGGAGCUGCUUCAGUACGAGCACUUCCGCAAGGAGCUGGUCAACGCCCAGUGCGCCAAGUUCAUCGAUGAGCAGCAGCUGCUGCACUGGCAGCAUUACUCCCGCAAGCGUGCGCGGCUGCAGCAGGCCCUGGCUGAGCAGCAGCAGCAGAACAACGCCUCCAGCAAGUGAGGGCCCAGCGGGCCAGCCAGCCGGGUCAGCGGGGGGAGGGCACCCACAGCCUGGCCAAUGGCUCUGCGGCACAUGGACAGAGACAGCAUGGAGCAGGGGCCCCGGGCAGGAGGGCCCCUCCGCGGAUAUUUAUAAACCAGUCGGACUUGUGCAGUGAUUGAAGUGCUAGAAUCUGCGGUCUGCUUCCUGUGGCCAUCGGCUGGAUUCACUGUUGAGAGUCUACACCAAUAGGAUGAACAUCUCUUCAGAACCUGUAGAACUUGUCCGGUUACCCAGUUGGGAACCCAGAAAUGUUAGUCAUUUGUAGACGGAAUUGGAGGAGUCAAAAAAGAGUUCCUGGAUUUCAGUCUGUUGUGAAAGUCUACAUCCAGCAACAACUCACGUCUGCCUGUCCAGCCCAGUCCUGCACUAUCGUUGCAUAACAUGGAUACAGUACUGGUGGGGACGGGUCUGACACUGUAAAACACUGGGAUACAGUACUGGUGGGGAUGGGUGUCAGUGUAUCAGUGAGGGCCUGUGGUCAGGAUUCCCCUGUGACUCCCAGUGCAGCAUUGGCAGUGACUGGGCCAGCAGCGGCAGAUGUGUUGGGUUAUUUUGUAAAUUAUCGCAGAUUUGUCUAUAAAUCAUUUGUGAUUGAUACAA